CUGCAACCCCAUCCUCCCACCCACCCCCCUCCACCAUUGAAGAAGAAGUGAGGAGGAAGCAGAAGGACGCGCAGUGCCUUUGCAGCAUCCCAGUCACAUUCAGAGAGAGAGAGAGAGAGAGAGGCUGUAACCGCUCAGCUGCUGGUAGAGACAGACGCUUCCUCCAGUACUGACUGCAGGGCACUGACAGCAGGCGCAGCCCACCCCUAAUUCCCACUAGGAUCUUCUCUUCCCUUUUGGAGACCCUCUCCACCCCCACAUCCAGCAGCCAUGGCAGAUGACGCGGACAUGCGCAAUGAGUUGUCAGAUAUGCAGCAACGCGCCGACCAGCUGGCUGAUGAGUCACUGGAGAGCACUCGCCGUAUGCUCCAACUGGUGGAGGAGAGCAAAGAUGCUGGAAUCAGGACUUUGGUUAUGCUGGACGAGCAGGGGGAGCAACUCGAUCGUGUUGAGGAGGGCAUGAACCAUAUCAACCAAGACAUGAAGGAAGCCGAGAAAAAUUUAAAAGAUUUAGGGAAAUGCUGUGGGCUUUUCAUAUGUCCAUGUAACAAAAUGAAGAGUGGAGCCAGCAAGGCUUGGGGGAACAACCAGGAUGGGGUUGUGGCCAGCCAGCCUGCCCGUGUGGUCGACGAACGUGAACAGAUGGCCAUCAGUGGAGGCUUUAUCCGCAGGGUAACAGACGAUGCCCGGGAAAAUGAGAUGGACGAGAACCUGGAGCAGGUGGGAGGCAUUAUCGGCAACCUGAGGCACAUGGCCUUGGACAUGGGCAACGAGAUCGACACACAGAAUCGCCAGAUUGACAGGAUCAUGGAGAAGGCUGAUUCCAACAAGACUAGAAUCGACGAGGCUAACCAGCGCGCCACAAAGAUGCUGGGCAGUGGCUAGACGCCCCGAACCCAGAGCAUGAUCUUCCUGGCGUCCUGCGCCACACAUCAACCGGCGCUGACAUGCUUUCAUCAUGGUAUUGACCUUCUAGGUUUGCACACAUGCACAUAUCACCUCCCCUUCCUCAAUUUAAAUGUCGUUCUGUGUCGUCUGUCGAGCUUUUUCAAGAUGAUUGUCCUCGUAAAAAGAUGAUUUCUUAUACUCCGUAUAUCAUUCUUUCCAAAGGUUGUAUAUAGUGCUGACUUGAUGGCUCUCUAGCUGACUUGUGAAGUUUUUAUUCUCUUUAUCUCUCUAUCUUGCUCUACACACACAAACAUAUAUAUAUAUAUAUAUAU